AAGAGUAAACAAAAAUAUUUUAAUCAAGUGAUAAUACUUACUUGAUUUUAUUAAUUUGUAUUUUAACAAAUCACCAAAACAAUUAAUAAUUAAUUCACUAUGUUGUUGAAAAGAAUUUGCAGUGUUUUACAAAAUACAAAUAAUCGACAAAUAAUAUUGAAAAGAAAUUUAAAUCUAGUACCAAUUGUUGUUGAACAAACUGGACGUGGUGAAAGAGCAUAUGACAUUUAUUCUCGACUUCUUAAAGAGAGAAUUAUAUGUCUAAUGGGUCCAAUUUCAGAUGAUAUAUCAUCAUUGGUUGUAGCACAAUUAUUAUUUUUACAAUCAGAAAGUAGUAAAAAACCAAUUCACUUGUAUAUUAAUUCACCAGGUGGUAGUGUUACUGCUGGUCUUGGUAUUUAUGAUACAAUGCAAUAUGUAUUACCACCAGUUGCAACAUGGUGUGUUGGACAAGCAUGUUCAAUGGCAAGUUUACUUUUAGCUGCUGGUGCACCAGGUAUGCGUCAUUCAUUACCAAAUGCAAGAAUAAUGAUACAUCAACCAUCUGGUGGUGUACAAGGACAAGCAACUGACAUACAAAUACAAGCUGAAGAAAUUAUUAAAUUGAAAAAUCAAAUUAAUCAAUUAUAUGUUAAACAUACUGGUUUAGAAUUAUCAAAAAUUGCAAGUAACAUGGAACGUGAUAAAUUUAUGUCACCAGUUGAAGCCAAAGAAUUUGGAAUAAUUGAUAAAAUUUUGGAACAUCCAUUACAAGAGAAAGAAGAAAAAAAUAACUCAAAAUAAAGUGUGAUGAAAUAAAUUCAAUAUA